UGAACAUAUAGUUUAAGAUGGCUGAAAAGGUGGAUUUCGCGGAACUGCAGCUGAGUGAAAGAAUUGGAGUUGGAGCCGGUGGUGCGGUUCGAAAGGCCACUUGGAAGGACCAGGAAAUCGCGGUGAAGGUGUCUGAGCUUUUAACUGAGUCACUUAAGAAAAACGCAGAAAGGGAAAUCACACACUUGACGAAUAUUGACCACGAAAAUGUUAUCAGGGUUUUUGGCUCAGCCAUCGAUGACGUCAAUAAUACCAACUACAUUCUUAUGGAGUACAUGGAGGGAGGGUCUCUUUACGAUUUUCUAUACGACGAUAAUCAGAGGGAGUUCACUAUGGAGCAGGCCGUUCGUUGGGCUUACCAAUGCGCCAAGGGCCUUGCCCACAUGCAUGCAAUGGAACGAGCGGUUUUGCAUCGUGAUGUGAAGCCGCAGAACUUGCUACUGACUGAACAGUUUGAUCAACUGAAGAUUUGCGAUUUCGGCUUGGCAACGGAUAUGUCCAAUAAUAUGUCAGAUAUGAGAGGCACAGCGAGGUAUAUGGCCCCAGAGGUGUUUAAGAACAAGGAGUACACGGAUAAGGGCGAUGUGUACAGCACUGGAAUAGUUAUCUGGGAGAUAAUGUCACGCCAAAGGCCCUAUUUUCACUUGGAGAAUCCAGACAAUGAAUACGCAAUUUUUUCAGCUGUUGCAAAAGGCGAACGUCCCCGAAUGGAUGCAUUGAGAUCCGAUUGCUGGGAAGGCAUCAAGAAAUUGAUAGAAUGUUGUUUGGACGAAGAUCCCAGUCGCCGGCCCUCCAUGAAGCGUGUGGAGGAGUACCUCGGCGAACUGUGCGCCGGCGAGAACUGCGAGGACUUCAUCCAGAUGGAUGCAUCGAGAUCCGAUUGCUGGGAAGGCAUCAAGCAAUUGGUAGAAUGUUGCCUGGACGAAGAUCCCAGUCGCAGGCCUUCCAUGAAGCUGGUGGAGGAGUAUCUGGGCGAACUGUGCGCCGGCGAGAACUACGAGGACUUCAUCCAGGUCCUGGGCGAUGACUCUGUUGCCGUGGUGACCUUUGUCAAGGAUCCGUCCAGCAAUCGUAACCUUAUGCGCGUUGAUUUCCGGCGUCGGCAGACGCGCACGGCCCGUAUGAUCUUUCCGAUUGUGCAACGGGAAAUGGAUAGAUUGGGCAAGGUCGUUGCUCGCGAAACGGUGAGAGCGGCCCACGAUGGUGAGCGGGAAGUCCGUCGGGCGGAGAAUGACACCGAGCGGGAGGUCUCCAGGGCUGCCCACGAUGGCGAGCGGGAGACGCGUAGGGCGGUCCAGGAUGUGGGUCGCGAAACUAAACGGGCGUUCAACAAAACGAAAAAGAAGCUGGGCUUCUAAGCAGAAA